AGUGCACAUCACUAUCGUCGCCGCUAUUUUGUGUUGUCAAUUAUUCUCUUAGUUACAAUUAUUUUCAUCUGCGUUCGCUAUAGGAACCACUUGGCGAAAAGUAACUAAUAGAAAAGUUUUCCCAGCAACACCCACCUUUGCCUCUUUCAACUGAGUUCAUUAAGAGGUUUGUGUAUGUGCUUAGAGGUUGCUGCAACAGCGAACACCGCAUGCUGAAUACAAGAACACAACAGCAACGGCAACGGCAACAGCAACAACAACAGCAACGACAACAGAAGGAAGAACAACAACAGGAACAUGAAUCCCUGUGCUGUGCCCACAGCUGUGCCCGAUGUUGACGGCGACAAACGCUGGCUCAGCAUACACCGUCGCUUCAUAUCGGAUUGCCGAGAAAAGGAUCCGGACGUGAUAUUCCUGGGCGAUUGCAUAUUCGAAACGCUGCAGGACACAGAUACCUGGAAUCAAUAUUUUGCACCGCUGCACUGCCUCAACUUUAGCAUACGUGAAGAUCGCACCGAGCACGUUCUGUGGCGCAUCGAAAACGGCACCCUCGACAAUGUCAAUCCGAAAAUCGUUGUCCUGCACGUUGGCACGAACAACGUGAGCAACAGCGCCGCACAAGUGGCCGAGGGACUGCUCACCAAUGUGGCCAAGAUACGCGAAAAACUGCCCGGCGCCUACAUCAUUUUGCCAUCCCUACUACCACGCGGCCAACAGCCAAAUGCGUUGCGGGACAAAAACAAAGAGAUCAAUGAGCUGGUCAAGGAGCUGACAAAGGGUAUGGAUCGCGUGCAAACCGUGGCCAUUGACAAGGGGCUGGUGCAUACGGACGGCAGCAUUAGCCAUCACGAUAUGUUUGACUACAAGAGUCUGACCAAUACCGGCGCCAAAAAGAUACUCGAGCCAUUGCACGAUUUGCUAUCGCAAAUACUCAAUGAAAACGAACUGGAACGCGAUCUCACACCAUCCGAAUAGUUCUCACAGAAACUUUAAGAAUAUGAAAACAAUCAACAGCAAGAACAGGAGCAACAAGACAACAACUGAAAUCCAGAACUCUCAACCCAACCGCUUGAUCUGCAGCAAUGAAAGUAUUUACUCCCAUAUUGGAACGGGAGUAUCAAAUUUUUGGUUUAUUGUUUCUUAAACAACAAAGCAAGAAUCAAACAAACGCAAGUUUCCUUAACCAACUUACACAGCUUCGAAAUUUAUAUAUAUAUAUAUAU